GCCGGCCAGGCCCAGGCCGCAGUGUUCCCAGCCCCGCCGCCGUUGCCAAGGCGACCGCCGCCGAAGAUUCCCGCGCCGGGCUCCGCCCCCCGGCCAAUCGGACCGGCGCUCGCCCGAGCCCAGAUUCUCUUUGUUCCGCAGCCAUUUCAGGCCCCGGACGGGAGGCAGCGCCGCUUCGGCAGAAGGCCCGAGCGCCGGAGGCCUCUGGGAUGGUGUGGGACCGGCAAACCAAGAUGGAGUAUGAGUGGAAACCCGACGAGCAAGGGCUUCAGCAGAUCCUGCAGCUGCUCAAGGAGUCCCAGUCUCCAGACACCACCAUCCAGAGGACCGUGCAACAAAAACUGGAACAACUCAAUCAAUAUCCCGAUUUUAACAACUACUUGAUUUUCGUUCUUACAAAAUUAAAAUCUGAAGAUGAGCCCACAAGAUCACUGAGCGGUCUGAUCUUGAAGAACAAUGUGAAAGCUCAUUUCCAGAACUUCCCAAACGGUGUAACGGACUUUAUCAAAAGUGAAUGUCUAAAUAAUAUUGGUGACUCCUCUCCUCUGAUCAGAGCCACUGUUGGUAUUUUAAUUACAACCAUAGCCUCCAAGGGAGAACUGCAGAAUUGGCCUGAUCUCUUACCAAAACUCUGCAGCCUGCUGGAUUCUGAGGAUUACAACACCUGCGAGGGAGCCUUCGGUGCCCUUCAGAAGAUCUGUGAAGACUCCGCCGAGAUUUUAGACAGUGAUGUUUUAGAUCGCCCUCUCAACAUCAUGAUCCCCAAAUUUUUACAGUUUUUCAAGCACAGUAGUCCCAAAAUAAGGUCGCAUGCUGUUGCCUGUGUCAAUCAGUUCAUCAUCAGUCGGACUCAGGCACUUAUGCUGCACAUUGAUUCCUUCAUUGAGAACCUUUUUGCACUGGCUGGUGAUGAGGAAGCAGAGGUGAGGAAAAAUGUGUGCCGGGCGCUUGUGAUGCUUCUUGAAGUCCGGAUGGAUCGGCUGCUUCCUCAUAUGCAUAACAUAGUCGAGUACAUGCUGCAAAGGACUCAAGACCAAGAUGAGAACGUGGCUUUGGAGGCCUGUGAAUUCUGGCUGACGUUGGCUGAACAGCCAAUAUGCAAAGAUGUACUUGUAAGGCAUCUGCCUAAGUUGAUUCCUGUGUUGGUGAAUGGCAUGAAGUACUCAGAUAUAGAUAUCAUCCUGCUUAAGGGUGAUGUGGAAGAAGAUGAAACCAUUCCUGACAGUGAGCAGGACAUAAGGCCACGCUUCCAUCGCUCCAGGACAGUGGCUCAGCAGCAUGAAGAGGAUGGAAUUGAAGAGGAAGAUGACGACGAUGAUGAAAUUGACGACGAUGAUACAAUUUCUGACUGGAAUCUGAGAAAAUGUUCUGCCGCUGCUCUAGAUGUUCUCGCAAAUGUUUAUCGCGAUGAGCUCUUGCCACACAUUUUACCGCUUCUGAAAGAAUUGCUUUUCCAUCACGAGUGGGUUGUUAAGGAAUCAGGCAUCUUGGUUUUAGGAGCAAUUGCUGAAGGUUGCAUGCAAGGCAUGAUUCCAUACCUGCCCGAGCUCAUUCCUCACCUUAUUCAGUGCCUCUCUGAUAAAAAGGCUCUUGUGCGUUCCAUCACCUGCUGGACUCUUAGCCGCUAUGCACACUGGGUAGUCAGCCAGCCACCAGAUACGUACCUGAAGCCAUUAAUGACAGAAUUGCUGAAGCGUAUCCUGGAUAGCAACAAGAGAGUACAAGAAGCCGCUUGCAGUGCCUUCGCAACGUUGGAAGAGGAGGCGUGCACAGAGCUUGUCCCCUACCUUGCUUACAUACUCGAUACCCUUGUCUUCGCCUUCAGUAAAUACCAGCAUAAGAACCUGCUCAUUCUGUACGAUGCCAUAGGGACACUAGCAGAUUCAGUGGGACAUCAUUUAAACAAGCCAGAAUAUAUCCAGAUGCUGAUGCCUCCUCUGAUCCAGAAAUGGAACAUGUUAAAGGAUGAAGACAAAGAUCUCUUCCCUUUACUUGAGUGCCUCUCAUCUGUCGCCACAGCCUUGCAGUCUGGCUUCCUUCCAUAUUGUGAGCCUGUGUAUCAGCGUUGUGUGAACCUAGUGCAGAAGACGCUAGCACAAGCCAUGCUAAACAAUGCUCAACCAGAGCAGUAUGAAGCUCCAGAUAAAGAUUUUAUGAUUGUGGCUCUCGACUUACUCAGUGGCCUGGCUGAAGGGCUGGGAGGCAACAUUGAGCAGCUGGUAGCCCGAAGUAACAUCCUGACACUAAUGUAUCAGUGCAUGCAGGAUAAAAUGCCCGAAGUUCGGCAGAGUUCUUUCGCCUUACUAGGUGAUCUGACUAAAGCUUGCUUUCAGCAUGUUAAGCCUUGUAUAGCUGAUUUCAUGCCAAUAUUGGGAACAAAUCUAAAUCCAGAGUUUAUUUCAGUCUGCAACAAUGCCACCUGGGCAAUUGGGGAAAUAUCAAUUCAAAUGGGUAUAGAGAUGCAGCCUUAUAUUCCUAUGGUGUUACACCAGCUUGUAGAAAUCAUUAACAGACCCAACACACCAAAGACGCUGUUAGAGAACACAGCAAUAACAAUUGGUCGUCUUGGUUACGUUUGUCCUCAAGAGGUGGCCCCCAUGCUACAGCAGUUUAUAAGACCCUGGUGUACCUCUCUGAGAAACAUAAGAGACAAUGAAGAAAAAGAUUCAGCGUUCCGCGGGAUUUGUACCAUGAUCAGUGUGAAUCCCAGUGGCGUCAUCCAAGAUUUUAUAUUUUUUUGUGAUGCUGUUGCAUCAUGGAUUAACCCAAAAGAUGAUCUCAGAGACAUGUUCUGUAAGAUCCUUCAUGGAUUUAAAAACCAAGUUGGGGAUGAAAAUUGGAGGCGAUUCUCCGACCAGUUUCCUCUUCCCUUAAAAGAGCGUCUUGCAGCUUUUUAUGGUGUUUAAUCUGAUACCCUGAAGCUGCAGUCCCAGAAUUAGGGGUCCAUCAGUCUUGGAGACUAUAAGGGAGCCUCUGCACCCAGGGAAAAUGUUACCCUUUACAGGGGGAAGGGUAAACCAGUAGGGAAUACAGUACAAUCCCAACCCUACUGGGAGGGGCGGGAGGGAGGUGUUGCCGUCACUGUAUUAAGUCGAUGUUGGGAAAUGUUUUAACAUCUGGAGCCUUUGUGGGUGGAAAUCUGUCUCCGAUUACAACUCUGCACUGGAUGUGAAGAAGCAAAAACUAUUCAGUCUACUCACAGAACAGAACUUUCUGGAAUAUUAUGGGGGAAUAUACCAAAACAAGAACCACAUAAACAAUGCGUAGGGGUAAGGAGGAGGAAAAGCCCAUGGUCCACAACAAAGAAACCUAAGAGUGGGAAGCUACAGCAGUAAGGAAGCUUUUUUCUUUCAUUAAAGGUUUUUAUAUAUAAAUUUUCCCACGUUAUGGGGCCUUGUUUUGCAUGCUGAUGAAGAACUAUACAAAACUAAGUUAAAAUCAGCUUGCCUCCCCUAGUAGAAGCAAGUUCUUGGAAGUUACAUUUGAAGGUACCCCCAAAAAGUUGGAAAUAAAACGAAACAAAUUUGAACAAUGAAGCACCCUGUGAGAUGCCAACGAGUCACUCCUUUUACCUUUGCGGGCUGGGCAGGGAGGGAGGAAUAAAUGGGGUCGGGGUAUCAAACUAAAGGUGACAUCUAAUUUUACAUUAAAAUGUUAGUGGAUAUGAUUUCAUGGUUGUACUUCUUAGAUUUAAUUUCUAGGCCAACACGUUAUCUUAAGGUGCAGUUUAAGGUUCAGGCAUGCGCUCUGGCUCAUAGUGAUUGACAGUGAUGUAAAUUAGUGGGACCGUAGCAUGCUUGCCUCACGUAGAGUGCAGUUGGUAUCCGUUGACCGAGGUCGCGCCAGUUUGGGUUGCAGUUUACCAAUUCAAUAGCCCUGCGUUUAAAAUUACUUUAAGAUUUGUGGAUUUUAUUUUUAUUAAGAAUAGAGAUAUAUAAAGUACUGUAGUUUACAGCUAGGCCUUGAAAUAUCUUUUUAGGAUCUGUUAGGAAUAAGAUUGAUAUUGUAUUGUGUGUAACCUGCACAAUGUGGAAAGCUGAUAUACCUGUGCAAAAUCUUUGCCUCUGUGCUGUCAGUGUGGUGUGCUUUCUGCAUGGUUAUAUACUAGUGAUUUCAUCAAAUUUCAAAUUACAUGGUAAAAGGUCUGUAAAAGGCUGCAUAAAUGUUAGUUGGCACAUAAAGACAAUUGUAGAAGUUGAAACAUGAUCGCUAUAUUUCAAUGUUUAUUCCCACUCAACAUAUUGCCUCUAAGCUUUCCUUUAUUUUGUUCAAAGCAUGAUCUUAAAGAUAUGUUUAAGUUAAUGGAUGUAAUGCAGGGUUCCUACACUGUAUUGGCGCAUGUUGGUGGCCCUUUGUGCCCUAAGUAUAUGCACACAGGGUGCAAGUUCAAAGCUACAGAGUGAGAGUUGGUUUGGAUCCUCUUCAUUUCAUUUGUUUGUUUGGCUUUUCUGUUAUUUUUCUCCCCUCUACUCACAUGUGUUCCUGUGAAUAAAUCCUUGUUAAGUUAACCCUUACUUUUCCUUCCAUGUGCAUUUUCUUACGUACUGUGAAUGUGAAGACCCUAACUGGUACACUUGAUCUUAUGUCCAUAUGAAAGUGCAAGUCUUUAUUAAUUUGGAUUGCCUGAGCAGUUGUAUCCCAUGAUGAUGAAGGAAAAUGGAGAGAUUUUCUUUUUAGCUCUGCUGGUCAGAGAUAAAGCCACACCUUUCCAUUUUUCAAUGCUGCAUAUUAUAUCUGCAACAAAAUGUUAAGCCAUAACAGCCUUUUUAUAUUUUAAUUUGUCACCUUUGCAUUGCAGAAUAAAUACCGAAUAACCAUUUUUUCCAAGCAGCUGCUCCUCUUUGUAUGGCUGUGUUCUCUAGAAGUGUAGACUGAUCCGGCCAUUGCACUGAAGUGUGGGCUGUGUGCCUGUGACUCCAUACACACAGUUUCAAAACAGUGCACAUGCAUGGCAGCAUGCAAAAAGGGUUUAGUUGUUUUGUUUAAAUAUACUCUUUUACCUUUUUGUCUUCUAUUUUGGCUUUGCAAAUUUCAGUCUAUAGAGCCUGAAAUAAAAUCGUCUACAAUACCCCCCAAUCUUUAUUUUAAUUUCAAGUUAGACUCAAGGGUAUGUGGCUUAUCACCUUUUAGUACAGUUACUAUACUGGGAGCUCAAAAUUUGCUUCUUGAGUUGGCUUUAAAGCCAGAGCAGAAGAACUGUUUCUCCUUGGGUUGCAGUUUGUCCAGUAGUACUUCAGAUGAUUUCCAAAGCCUAACAUAGGAGAUAAUGGUCUGCAUACAUCGUAGGUAAAGAAACAGCCAGGUCCACCUCUUAACGUAAUGAAGCAAAUAUAAAAACUUUCAGUCAAGUUAUAUUGACCUGUGAUAAACAAUUCUGGGUUAAGUAAAAGUGAUAUUGUCACCUGUCUGAUUAAGAAUAUAUUUCCAAUUUGUCAGUUAUGCAGCACAAAAACAAACACUAUACGGUUUUACAGUAAAUUUAUUUGUUUCUAAAUUUAAUAACUAUAGUAGAAAAUUAAGUAAAUGUGACUGACAACGUAGGAUUAGGAGUAUUUUCCUUUCUAAUGUAGUUUUCUUGUUGAACCUAUUGUUUCUUCCUAAUUUACAUUAUAUUUCAGACAAGAUGAUAUAGCACAGGAAUUUGCAGAAGCCAUUUAGGUUUUUUUGGUUUUAUUUUUAUUUUUAUUUUUUUAGGUAAACACGGAGUUAGCAUUUGUUGUUUUGAUGAAACAUAACACAUCAUGGGAUAUAUAAAUAUAUAUAAAAAGCAACCUAAUUCUUGUGGUGCAGUCUUGAUAGCUCUGAAUGUUGACUGAGUGUCUGUGAGAGUGUGAGUCUGUCAUUGUUACAUUCCAGUGUUUCUGCCUCUUGGCAUGCUUAAAGCGCGGCCUCCUCUGCCUGCUCCUUUCACACUAAGAUGCCGUUAGUGUGCUCAGCUCCAGAGAGAGCCGCUGCUGAGUGGUGUAGAUUUUCUACUUGAAUAUUUUUAUGUUGUAGGAACCUCAGGAGGUCAGUGUUUACUGUUUUAUAUAUGCCUUCUUUUCCUGUUUGAGCUUCUCUCUUUGAAGGAUUCUAACAGAACAAAAGCUGCUGAUCAACCUAAGUUGGAAACAGAAAGUGUGUUUAGUAUAAUUUAAUGCAUACUUGGCAGUCCAUGUUACAGCCCAUUAAUUAGCAAGUGAACUUAGUGCCACAGCUGUUCAUUUAUUCAGGAAAUAAUUUCGCUUUCUGUAUUGUCUAAUCUUUAAUGACUUCAUACUGUGUGAGAAAAAUCACUUUUGUAUUGUUUGUUGGUUAUUUCCAAAAUAAUCAACUUGUAAAUAUCCUUAGAGCCAGUUCUGAUGCUUACAUUAUUGCUACUUGAUUUUGUUAUGCAACUUAGAUUUCAGAUCUUAAAACACUUAACCAAGCCAUUACAUCUUAAAACAAAACAAGUAGCAUACAUUUUGUAAUUAACAUUGAUAAACACUGUGAUUUUUUUGGUUAAGACUUUUUCAUUGAUCUGAAUUGCUUAAAUUGCAUAUAUUGUAAAAUAGUCAGAUGUAUAUUUUAAAAUAAUUUCAACUGACUUUCCUCUUACUGCUUUGUCUACUCAGUUAUGAAUAUUCAGAUACAAGUUUUAUCUCAGGUGAAUAUCCUUGUAUCAUUUUGCUUUGGUGACAUGUUUAUAAAGAAAGAUCAUCAACUUUAUUAGUCUUGGAGGUUUGUGAGUUUUUGUUGUUGUUUAUGUAUUUUAUUUAGAAUCUUCCCAGUUAGUCUGGUAUUUUCCCUCCAAUUGUUCUAUCACACUGGAGGGAUACAGAAAGCUCUCCACAUUUGGUAUGCAGAUUUAUCUGAAAAUGAGUCAAGUUUGGCCCUCCCCUUUUCCAGACCCUCAAAAUACAAAAGUGGAACCUUUUCUCCCUCCAUAAAAUUCUGCAUAGCUGAAGUGCCAGAAUUAAAUUAUGUCCUCAACUCUUGUCUCAAUUUAACACCUUUGCAGUGAAGAAAUUGUUUUGCUUCAUAUAGUUAAUUAUAUUCAUAUUGAAUGUAUUAACAGAUGCCAGAGCAAAAAGCAUUCUUCCCAAGAGAAGAGUGUGUCGUGCAUCCUGCACCCCUAAGUCCUUCCUCUGUUAGUUCUUCGGGUACACUCAGCUUUGCUUACAGAGUUCCUUUCUCAAAUAUUACAAGGCAGGGGGACACUAAUUGUUGCUGCUAGUACUGUUUAAUAAAGUGGGCAUUGGAAUCUGUAAGAAGAUGAGGGUCAUGUGGUUAACAGCCUGGGAUAAUUGAGGUGGAGAAAUGAGCAGUAGUGACCUGUGUUGGUAACAAUAUUAUCUAGUAUGGAUACCAUGCAGUAGCAUCGUAUAUCACUAGUGCACUUCGUAGUGUAUUAAAUAUGGCAGUGCUUCUAAGGCCUCUUUAAUGUUAUGUUCACUUGAAAGUUAGUUUCUCUUACCUGAAUGCUUUCUAGGUGACUGGAAAUUAACUUCAGGCUUGAUAUAGAUCUUCUCCCUGUUGGUAUUACAUAUUUGCAGAUAAUUCUCGAUGCCUAAUUAUUAUACAAUUGUAAGGUAUAAGCUUAAUUACAGUAACUGCUUUUGUGGUUUGUAUCCCAGAGUGUAUGGUGUUGAAAUAAAGAUGCAUAGCAGUGGAGUGUAUGCAUGACUUAAAGGGAAGUUAAAACUGGUUUUCUUUUCCCCACCUCUGUACUUGAAAAACUAAGCCAAACCUAUUUGCCAAUAGUAGAUCACUAAUUACAAAGCUACUAGUUUCCCUUUUAGUAGGAGCUUCCCCAUAAGUCACUCCUACUGUGGCUUGGUAUUGUUAUGCAGGGUUAUCUCUUCCACAGCUAUCUUGCUAAAUGCCUGCUCUAACAUGGUUAGCCUGUAAGGCACUGUUGCCCCUCCCCCAGUGUCCACCUCAUAAAGGGGUUCCACCAUGUUUUCCUCCUGCCUUUUUGUCACUGCUUUCCUAUGUGGAUAUAUAACCAAACUGAACUUCAUUGAUUUUUUUUUUAAUGAAGAUUAUAAUUAGAUAAUACUAUGUAAUUAAUUUUACUCAAUAGAUACCAUCUUAAGAGAUGCUUAAACAUGGCAAAUCACUUCAUAUUAUAAACGUUUGACACUUAAUAUUCAUGUUAACAUUGGGUGCAAUAACUUAAUAGUACUUGCUUAGUUAUAAAUAACUGGAUCUUUCUGCUGACAACUUAGGUUGUAUGAGUUAUGCUUCAAAGCUUUAAAUCUGAUGUUUCCUUACCUGCCACACUAUGUUAGAAUGUGUCCUUCAAACAUCCUCCUGCAACUUCUCAAACUGUACUAAAUUGAUAUUUCUUGAAGUCUAACUCUGUGCUAACAGAUCUUCAUUUUAAAUAGAAUACGGUUUUAAUUUUUGAUAAGCUGCUGAAUUUUAAAGAGAGUUUUUUGGGGCCACCAAAUAUUUUGGAUCAUGCAGAGAAUAUAUAUUGUACUGUAGUAAUUUUGUAUUUACAUUUGUAUGAUGUGACAUAAUAGAUGUGAAUGUUAAUCACUGCUUGACUAUGUUAAUAAAGUUGUUUAACUAUA